AUGCCAGCCUUGAACAUUUCUACAAACGUGAGCCUCGACGGCGUUGAUGUAUCUGCAAUCCAAACUGAAGCAACCUCUAAACUUGCCAAGAUCAUCGAAGGCAAAACUGAGUCUGAUGUGAUGAUUGUAUUGAGGGGAUCAAUUCCCAUUUCAUUAGGAGGAACUCAAGAGCCAGCAGCUUUUGGUGAGUUGGUAUCCAUUGGUGGUCUUGGCCCUGAAGUGAACAAGAAUCUGAGUGCUGCAAUUGCAGAAAUUCUGGAGACGAAGUUGUCAAUUCCCAAGCCCACCGUAGCCAAGAUUGCGCCAAUAAUAGCAUCCACUACAUGGUUCUCGUUUUCACUAUCAAUGACACUGAUGUUUCCUUUAUUUUGCAGGGUACCCACUUUGGGUGGAAUGGUUCCACCUUCUAAAUCCUUCAGCUUUGUUGCCUUCAAACUUGAUGUCAUAAAUCCAGGAAACUUCAUGUUUGCCUGA